UCCAGGUUACCUACGACCGACUCCGGACGCUGGCCUACUACGACACCGACCUGUUCAUCGUCUGCUUCUCGUUGGUCAAUCCGACGUCAUUCGAGAACCUCAGCACUCGGUGGAUGACCGAACUGAAGGAGUACCGUCCGAACACUCCCUUUAUGCUGGUCGGUACUCACUUGGACCUCCGAGAGAAACUCCAGAACGAAACUCCCAGAACCAGCAACAACAACAAACACAACAACAACAAUAACAACAACAACACCAAAAACAGACAGCAUCACAACCAUCUCCAUCAGCAUCGUCAUGACGAUGAUGAGGAGGAAGACUGCAACAACAAGAACAAUAUUGAUGAUGCUUCUGAGGUGCCACAGUUUCCUCAUCCCUCCGCUCAUCAUUUUCAUCACCGUAAUUCUCACCAUGGUUACCAUUCUCAUUAUUUACGAUCCGCCCGUCGUCGUUUCUCGUGGAUGGACGGUUCCGGUCCUUCGUCGACGGCGUUCGUGUCAAAGCGGAAGGCGUCGAAGUGGUCCAAGCGCCACGGCGCGGCGGGCUACGUCGAGUGCUCUUCGGUGACGGGCGAAGGCGUCGACGACGUGUUCCAGGUCGCCCUCGACCGCGUGUUGGCGCCGAAGAAGGAGAGUUACUUUCGGAAGUCUUUGCGGAAAUUCUUCUGGAAAGUUUGACGGGUUUUGAAGGUGAGAACAAGGGUGAAUUAAAAUUGGAGGAGGGGAGGGGUAGAUGAGGAAGAGGAGGAGGAGAUAUGGAGAGACAAAACAAACAAAAAUGAUAAAAUGAUUUAAUACACUAUAC